AUUUUUCUAACCUUCACCUGCCUCCACCAUUGCAGUUUGCACGCGCUUGUACGCGCCACAAUAUACAACAAAUACCAAACCAAAACUAAGCGAUACAGCAGUAUAUAGAAUGUAUUGUGCGUGUAGCAUAUUCGUCACAUAAUAUCAUUUUUCAAGAAUUGUGCGUUUUGUUCGUGCAUCAAAUUGUCAAGUAUUUUUUUUUAAAUAUGUACAUACAUACAGGUCUGAGCAUGAGUAAACAACUGAGCUUUUAAAUGAGAGAUGGGCUGCGUGCCGCGAAAUUCACUGUCAGUAUUGAAAAUCCAAGUUCACGUUAUGUAUAUUAUAGAUUUUCAGUACUGGCAGUUAAUUUUGGAACGUGUUAUAUUACCCAUUACCUUAAUAUUUUUACAGAGGACGUUCUGCUCUAGCUUGCAAAGUUUAAUUAAUGUGAGGCAAGUUUAAACGUCUAUACAAAUGUUGAGAGAUAUUGACGUUUCAACAGACACUGCCAAACUGUUAAUUAUCCAAUAUUUGUGUUAAUAAUGUCGAAAAAGAUAGCGGUUGGUCAAAAAAGCAAUCAAUCUACAAUAGUAGGAUUUUUGGCAAAGACAACUAAUAAAAACAAUGUUCUGCAAACUAGUAAAUCAAAAUCAUUGACAGAUAAGGAAGCUGAUUUAAAUAAUGAAUUAACCAAUAAUUUAUGUUUUGCUAAACAAAGGAGAAUAGCUGGAGACUUGGAUAAUUCAGAUAGUUCAGACUCUUGCAAAAGUCCACUUAAAACACGAAUAAAUACAGUUUGUAGUACAAUGGAAAUGUAUCGUGUUGAAAACCCACCAGAGGAAAAACAGGAAAUUAAAAAAGAGUUUGGAUUUUCAAAGUUAUCACGAAAAAAAACUUGUGUUAUUUCUGAGUCUUCUGACAGUGAGGAAGACAAAAGUAAUGUUAAAAAAUGUUUGCGUUUAAAUCAGUGUCCAAUUAAAAGGGUAAUAGAAGAUGAGACAAAGCAAGCAUCACAAAUUUAUCAAUAUGCUAAAUGCAACAAUGAAUAUUUUCCUUCUAGUAGUGCAACAUUAUUAAAGGAAAAUAAACAAAAGAUAAAAAUAGAAUCCAGUGAUGACGAUAACAUAAAGCCUAACAAUACAAAAAAUAAACAUUUAUGCACUCCUAAAAAGGAUAAUAUAAUGGCUAAUGAAAAGAAAAAUGCUAUAAUUUCAGAGUCUGACGUUGAUAGCCCUAGCUCAAAGUAUAAUGGCGAGAGAUCACCGAGAAAACACUGGGCAGGGGUUGGCCCUGAUAUUAAAUUGAAUCUGAAAGAUUUAGGUUUAAACAAACAAUUAGGUUCAUGGGUUGAAUUCAUUCAACAAAAAUCAGUAAUGUCUACAGUACCUGUUACAAAAGAUAAGUUGCUUGAAAGACGCCAAGAUUUAAAGGAACUUGAAAUUGAAAUUCUGGACAAAUUUUAUACUGCUCUUGAGUUAAUUCCAUUACCAAUAUUGGAACAAUUUCCAAAAUUUGAUCGAUGCUCUUUUAAAAAGUUGCAAGGUCUGCAUCGGCAUGUAAAAGCUAAAUUACGUUUAAUACAAACAAGCUUAUCAAAGUUAUCAAAAGAAGAUGAAAAGGAGGAUUUAUUCGAGUCCUCAGAAACACUUGGAUCUUCAACGUCAAAGUCAGGUGCAACGUCAAUUUCAUGCAUGUCCGAGAGCUUAAAUGAUAAUGACUGUGGCUAUGACUAUGACAAUUUCAUAGCCACAGAUUCUUCAAUAUUAAAAGCGACAACAGACUUUCGUCAAGAUUUGGCAAAUGUAAUGGAAUCGUAUGCAACAAAUGUAAAGAAACAUGAUAAUAACAUGGAACCUGUGUCAGCAGUUAAGAAUGAAACCACAGUUCCAAAUAAGAAGAGUACUUUCCAAUUGAAAAGACCAGUCAAAACAAUAUUAGAUGCUCAAGUUUCGAAAACAAUAGCAGAAAUGUGGGAAAAGGACCAACAAAUGUCUAAAACAAUGAAUUCUUCCAUGGAUUCUGAUUGUGUUCCCGUGCAUGAUACAUCUAAUGACAGUAUUAAAACGUCACCAAGUAAUAAAAAAGAUAUGUUUAGUUUAAGAAGAAAUGUCAUCUUAGAUAGUCCAGAUAGUCCACAUAAGAUUAUUGCAAAUAAAUCUCAAGGAAUCAAUCAAGGAUUUGCUACAAAAGUUGAAACCUUAACACAACAAUUAGAACAAUUUCCAGCUUUGGGAGAAAAUUGUAAUAUAGAUAUAAACGAUGACGAUUUUACAGAUUGGCCACAGAAUGAUAUGGCACAGAGCAAGGAGCAUGCUGAUGACAAAUCAAACUCAAAAUGUGAAAAAAAUAGUGUGGUAUAUGGCAAAUUUACUGGUAAUUAUAAAAAUGAUGGUGUUAGUGGAGAAUUUGAUGGUACAACAUAUCCACAUUCGCGAGAAAUGUUACAGAUAUUUCGACAGAGAUUUGGAUUAUAUACUUUCAGGCCAAAUCAGUUGCAAGCUAUUAAUGCAACACUUUUGGGAUUUGAUUGUUUCAUUUUAAUGCCAACUGGAGGUGGAAAGUCCCUUUGUUAUCAAUUGCCUGCCCUCUUAAGUAUAGGAUUAACAGUUGUCGUUUCACCAUUAAAAAGUCUUAUUUCAGACCAAGUUCAAAAACUUAUCUCACUUGACAUUCCUGCGGCACAUUUAUCUGGUUCUAUCACAGAGAAUCAAGCAGAGGCAAUAUAUAGGGAACUCUCUAAAAAAGAACCUGCUCUCAAAAUAUUAUAUGUAACACCAGAGAAAAUCUCCGCCUCACCAAAAUUAUGUAGUACUCUGACUAAUCUGUACGAGAGAGAAUUAUUGGCAAGAUUUGUUAUUGACGAGGUACACUGUGUUAGUCAAUGGGGUCACGAUUUUAGACCAGAUUAUAAAAGAUUAAGAUGUCUCAGGGACAAUUACCCUAAAGUGCCAACAAUGGCCCUGACUGCAACGGCUACGCCACGUGUUAGGACGGAUAUUUUGCAUCAAUUGGGUAUGACUAAUCCAAAAUGGUUCAUGUCCAGUUUCAACAGACCUAAUUUGAGAUAUAGUAUAAUAGCGAAGAAGGGAAAAAAUUGUUCCGAUGAAAUUGUCGCUAUGAUAAUGACAAAAUUUAAAAAUGCUUGCGGCAUCGUAUAUUGCUUGUCGCGUAAGGAUUGCGAUGAUUACGCUGCACAAAUGAAAAAAAAUGGUAUUAAAGCAUUAAGUUAUCAUGCAGGACUUUCAGAUGUUCAAAGAAGCAAUUGUCAAGGAAAAUGGAUUUCCGAUGAAAUACGUGUUAUAUGCGCGACUAUAGCCUUUGGAAUGGGGAUUGAUAAACCAAAUGUGCGCUUUGUUAUACAUGCAGCCUUGCCAAAGUCCAUUGAAGGCUACUAUCAAGAAAGUGGUCGUGCUGGUCGCGAUGGUGAAACAGCAGACUGCAUUCUAUUUUAUAAUUACUCAGAUAUGCAUCGAAUCAGAAAAAUGCUUGAAUUGGAUAACCCAAGCCCACAAGUCAUAAAUACACACAUGGACAAUUUGUUUAAAAUGGUAGCAUUUUGUGAAAAUAGUACAGAUUGUCGUAGAUCGCUACAGCUUAAUUAUUUUGGAGAGAUAUUUGAUAGGCAACAAUGUAUCAUGAAUAAGAUAACUGCGUGUGAUAAUUGCAGAUGUAAGGACGAGAUUACAAUGUUGGACGUUACUGAAGAUGCAAAAAAGAUUAUGGAAGCUGUACGAGAUAUUAGUAAUAGAAAGAAACUUACAGUAGUAUUCUUAACAGAUAUUUUUAAGGGCAGCGAUCUGAAAAAAAUUAGAGAAUCAGGUUUAACAAAACAUCCUUUAUAUGGUCGUGGCAAAUCGUGGAACAAAAGUGACAUAGAACGCCUUUUGCACCACAUGAUACUGCAAGAAUAUUUACGAGAAUAUAUGUAUAUUAAUAAUGAAAUUGCUUGCGCAUAUGUGACAAUUGGACCAAAAGCGAGCGAACUCAUGACAAAAAAAGAUGUAAAGGUACAAAUUCCAACGAGACAAUCUAAUAAAUCUACAAGUGGUGUGGCUACAGUUUCAACAGUUACAAAGAAAGUCGAUGGUAUUAUAAAGGAAUUGCAAGAUCGUUGCUAUACCGAGCUGAUGACGAUAAUAAGAGGAAUCGCUGGUGCAUUGGAUGUUUCCGCUUCUUCCAUUAUGAAUAUGGUAGCUGUUAGAGUUAUGAGCCAGCGUUUACCAGAAACCGAAGAAGCCAUGUUACAAAUACCACACGUUACUAAGGCUAACUUUGUCAAAUAUGGCAAACCUCUUUUAAACAUUACACAAAAAUAUGCGGCAGAAAAAACUGGAUUGUUAAAUGAAAAUGAUGAAGCACAGGAUAGUGAUGAUAAUGACAACACCUGGGAUGACAAUAAUUCCAGCUGCUCUUACAGUAGUAAUAAUACUGCCAGUCGUGGCAGGAAACGAAAGAUUGGCAGUAGAUCUAACAGUACGAGUAAUAAAAAAUAUAAAAGGGGUGGCUCGAGUGCAUGGAAAGGAAAAGGUCGUCAAGGUACAUCAAAAGGCUCGUCAAGAAGUACAAAAGGUUCAACAGCAACUGUGAAAAAAGAAGUAGGACUUGCAAGUUUCAGUCAAACAAAACAAUAUCUUACAAACCCCAACAGAUACAUGAACAUUGCUUGAUUCAGUCUUCCUGUUUAUUAUAAAUUAUUUAUAGCAUUUGUAAUGGUGCAUAAAUAUAAUCUCUGUACAUAUUUUGGGAUACUUGGUAUCAAAAGUUGUUAUAUGGCGUUCAUUUUAUUGAAUAAAACAAUUUGAUAAACGUUGCAAAAUUA